GAUUCAGAGUUGAAUGCUAUCAGACAAGCUAGAUUAGCAGAGUUGCAAAAGAAUGCGGCCAAUCCAUCUGCAUCUUCAUCGUCAACAACUGGUGGAUCAACUAAUAAUGCUAAUAGUGCCCUUGAAAGUGUACUUUCUCAAAUUUUAGAAACAAGUGCUAGAGAAAGAUUAAGUAGAGUUAGAAUCGUAAGACCGGAUAGAGCUCAACAAGUUGAACAAUACAUUUUCCAAUUAUAUCGUAAUGGAGCCAUCACUAGAAAAUUAGGUGAACAAGAUAUUGUCCAAAUCUUAGAUGGUUUAAGUCGUGAUUCUCAUCAAAAGCAAGCUACUAAGAUUGUAUAUAAUAGAAAACAUUCAGAUGAUCUUGAU